AUAGAUUCAGUAAUUACUCGUGAACAUUGUGUAAAUUUAUUCAGCGCACGAAAAGAGUGAUCCAAUGGGGAAACACCUUCGGUGAUCAGGGGUUCCCCAAACACUAUCACGUGAUACACGGAAUUUUACGCUGGAAAGCUCCCAGGUCUCCCUCGCGAAAUCAUAUAUUAAUUUGAUUUACCCUAAUUCUUUAGGAUUUAAAUGGAGUCGCUAAAAUCCAUAUUUUCAUAAAACCGAAACUUCUGUUGUCAGUGACAAUGUUUGAAAACCAAUGUUUUAUUAUAAAUAUUUGCAGCAGAAUAAGCUUACAAUGCUUAUAUUUGUGUGUGUGCAGUGUAUAUACAUAUGUCCAUGUAAAUUCUAUUCAACAGUAUAAAUUCCAUGAACCUUUGUUCCAUGAGCUAGCUUGCUUUCAAUGAAUCCCUUUUUAUAAUAUACCUGUGAUAAUUAAUGAAACUGAAUGAUGGUGAGACACAAAGGGAUGUCAAAUUGAACAAAGACUUGGUGAAUGAGAAAGGGGACAGUAUUCCAGACCCAACAGAACUUGUUGUAAACGAAGAAGAUGAAGAGGAGGAGGGUGAACCGCCUGAGGCAAAGAAGAUCAGAUUGGAUGAAGAAGACAGGGAAGAUUUACUGAUCACUGAGCAAUUGUGUGUGGAGGAGAGCAGGGAUGCAGCGCCCCCUACCGAAGACAGUGAUAAGGGAGAAAACUUUACCAUGGACAGUCAUAAGAUAAAGGUAGUGGAAACCCCAGCUGUGGCUAACUUGGAAACUGUGUCUGAAUUAGCUGUGGGCAGCAUAGAGUCUGUGUCGCAGUUGAGCAUUGGUAGCGUAGAGACAAUAUCACAGUUAGAAAAGCGUAACUUGUCUUUGGAAGCACUGUGCGAGGUCGGCUCCUCAGAACUUCAGAACAUUCAGCGACAGGGAUCUCCAAGCACACCCCAGAACCAUGAAUCAACGUCAAGCCUCUCUUCCUCCCAGGAGAGCAAUUCUGGAGCAAGUUCCACCAAAAUCAAAAUCGUGAACCCAGAGGACAUCCGAAAGCGUAAGCACCCUGCCAAGCCUGGGAAACAUAUCUGUAACUUUUGUGGUCGAGGAUGUGCAAAGCCAAGCGUUCUAGAGAAACAUCUCCGUGCCCACACAGGAGAGCGGCCAUUUCCUUGCCUGGAUUGUGGCUUCGCUUUCAAAACCAAGAGCAAUUUAUAUAAGCAUUGUAAAUCCAGAUCACAUGCUCUGAAAGUGAAACUGGGAAGAAAGGUGAAGCAGUGGUCCAGUCAGGAGGAGACAGACAUUGAUGAUGUGGAUGAAUACGAUGAUGAAGGCCACAAUGACAGCCAGUCCAGCACUGACACACUGGAUAGGGAAGAAAUUUCCCUUACUCCAAAUGAGGCAGAACAAAUUACCUUGUUGAACGACAUGUCAAAAUUUCUCAAAAAAGUGGACUCUCAACCGACAAAAAAUGAGCCGAUGCAAAAAGAAGACAGCUUUGAAAAUCGGGAACAAGCUCCGGUGCAUGUACUGCAGGAAGUGGCCAAAUAUCUUGAAAAACCUAAAGCUGAGAGGCCAAGAAUUGAGGUCCCAUCUUGGAAGAGUGAUGCUCGACCACGAUUUGAAACAAGAAUGCGAAAUUUGAAUUUAGAAUUUGAACAAAAUAAGAACAUUACACAGGGCAGUAAAAAGCAAAGUGUUAUUGAUGAGCAGAAGUUGAACUCAGCACAAAGCCAGUUCAUUACCAUCGCUCCAAAGCAAGACCUGAGCAGAGCAUUGUCUACAGGAACUGAGAUCACAGAUCAGCUGGCCACCAUUCACAAGAUGGGAAGUGGGGGGUCUGUCACAGUUCACCGACUCUUAUUACCUGCCAUGGCUCUUCCCAACAUGGAGACGAUGAGUGUCCAGUCCAACAAUACAAGCAUUAGCAAUGUGGCAGCAGAUAAAGUGAUAGCCAUUGACAAUGGCACUGGAGCUGUAGAGGUGAUCAGACUGCCUCAUCCCAACACCGACCCUAGUACUGCCAACCAAGCGCUGCGUGAGCUGGAGAGCCUGAGCGAACGUGUGCAGCAGUCGAGCGGAUCAGAGGUUCAGCUUGUUCCUGCAGUGGUGGAGCUACAGGAUGGAACCUGUCAGGUAUCUGUCAAGGCAUUGCCAGCUCGCGAGAGCCACGCCCCUCUGGUGAGAUCUUUCUCACAGCCAGCAGGUGAAAUGAAAACAAAGACACAGGGUGACUCCAGAGUAGACAUGGAAAAAGUGAAAGAGAGAAUUCAGAAUCUUAUAUCAAGCAAUGCUGCUAUUGUGAAAAGUCCACUGUUUGAAUACAAGCGGUUGUAUCGCCAGAACAGUGAAUCAAAAGGCAGUGUACAGAAAUCGUUUUCUAUCACAAAAAGUGAAUCUCUUCAGAGUGAGCAUUCUGUUUCAACAGAGGAGAAAAUGGUUACAUCUACAACAGUUGUAAAACCAGAUGGCACAGAGAAAUCAGUGUCCAUCAGUAUUCCUUCAGUAAUUCAGAAAGACACUUCCAAAUCUUCUUCAGAAACCAAACCAGAAACAGUCACAACCAGACGUCUUGUCCGACAGUCGGCUCUAACAUCAAGUGACAAUGUGGAAGCCAAGCCCCAGGUUAGUUCUGGGAGCUCAUUAAACGUAUUGACAAUAUCUAAUGAAAUUCUGAAGCAGAUUGCAGAGGCCAACAAUUCUGGUGCCCCAAAACCCAACCCCUUAGGGGCAAACAGGACGCAAGAAAUCGCCUCCAAAACAGUGACAGCAUUGGAACACAGUGGAAAGGAGAUCACCAUCAAGCUCCAGUUGGAGAAUCCUGUCACAACAGAAAGUGUGAAGCCUGCAACCAAAGAGUCUUCUGAUGGCCAGUCUAAAGCCAUCAAAGACAAGAUUCGGGAGGUCAUUAAAGCUCGGGACAUCCCUCCUCCAGUCACCAAGUCUUUAUCUGAAUCCACGAUUAACAUUCCAUUGAAGGAUAGGCUUGGCAACAUCACUUCAGUGUCUGUGUCAAAUCCAGUGAAUUCAUCCAUUUCUGUUGAGAAGAAAGAGCAAUUUGAGUGUGACUUUUGUAAGAAUGCUUUUCAAAAAAAAGAGACUUUGGAUUUGCAUAUGGCAUAUUAUUGUACUUACAUAAAAGCACAUGAUUCCAUAGACAAAUCUAAGGUGCUUCAAAUGUUUCACAAGACUGAGAGUGAAAAGAGACCAAUAGAGGGUUUAGUGAAAAGACAAAUUUCCCUUCCUGUUAUUCAGUUUCCAAGGCAAGUGUCCACCACCGCAAUGAGCAGGACCAGCUUAACGGUGCGGUCUGAUAGUAUAGGUGUGAUUAAAUCCACUGACUCUGGAGUGUCAAAACAACUGAGUUUACCCAUGCAGUUUUCUGGCAGUGUUGUAAAUAUCAGCUCUGCAAGCAUUCCUUCAGUAGCAGACAAUAUAAUCAACAAGAAAGGGCGACCCAAACUGAUUGAGAGACAGCUCCGAAUCUCCCUCCCCUCCACCCCUACCCUCCCACACACACCUCUAACAGGCAGCAUGUACCCUCUAAAUCAGAUCGCCAGUGUUGUCCCUACCCAGCUACAGACUAUGCUACGGGGCUCCCAGGUGAAAUCUCCCCACCCCUCAGUAAUCACCAGUCAUCAGACUCGCACUGCCACCAACAAGGCUGGCCCACUGCCAGGGACUUACUCAGCCUCACCCUUCAGCUCACUGUCCUUGCCAAAAUCUGCCCCCGAAGUCCAGCCGCCGGUCAUCAUUCAGAAUGUAAUGUCUGUGAAUAAAGCUUUGAUCUUCCCUGACAACCAGAAGGAGCCGACCGAGAUGCAUGUGGAUAAACAAGUGUCGUCUGCUCCAGUGACUGAUGUCCACAGUAUGAUUCAAGUCCAGAUUGUGGGGCCGAUAGGAGAUGAGAUGUUGGGGAAGCAAGCAAGCCUACAGCCAGUGGGCAUGGUUCAGUUAGCAGAAACUCCCCAACCAAACACCAUUAUUGUUCAUAGACACCCUGAUGCAAAGCAGAAAGACAAACAUUUCAUUCAUUCUUCAUCAGACUCAUCCGAACAUUCCUCCCCACAUAUAUUGAAUGAAGAUCUCAAAGAAAAGUUGAAAGGCAAAUUGUUGAUGAAACGGUCCCUGAGUUUGGAUCCUAAGGUUCUGCAGUUGUCAGGUUCAUCUGAUUUGUUGAAGGAGGAGGGCGCUGAUCCUCCAGCCAAUAAAAAGAUCAAGUUAGUGACAGUGACCUUGCCAGUGAAAGGUGGAGAUAUUGCUCCAUCUACAGCUUUAGAACUAGAACCCAAAGCGUGGAGAAUUCAAACUCUAACCAUUCCAGUUAUGAGGGCCCAGCCAAUGUAUCAGCUAUCGCAGAUGGACAGCCAUCUCAUGUUCAUUGACAAAUCUAGUCAGUCAAGUGGAAUCUCAUCAUUUCUAGCGGAACAAAGUCUCAUGAAAAUGGACAGUGCCAAAGCAAUAUCAGUGACUGCCAGUGGUACACAAAGUACCGAGAAAGGUGGCACAGUAUCAGUUCCUCUGAUUCUCUAUGGACAUAACUACCCAUCUUUGAGAAUGUCCACUCAGAUGUCAUUUUGUUGUGUGUCGAGGCCCCAGCCUAUGUACGUACCAUUAAAAUCCAACAAAAAAAUAUCCAUGUAUUCCAACUGGAAAGUGUCUGGGCACAACACGAACCCUAUAGGCCUGACUCCCAAAAUGCUGUUUUCAUUAUAUAAAUCGGACUCCUGCAAAGACCCGAGCUAUACGACUGCAUGCAGUCAGGCUUCUAAAGGUGGAAUGUCAACGCACAGCAGUUACUGGACAUACAAGGAGAAAAAUACAGGACCAGUGCAGAGUGAUAAGAAACCAGAGGUCAAAAAAGAAGAAGACACAGACAAACCUAUCUCAAGCGCAAAGGUCACCACACCCAAGAAAGUCACAGGAGGCAUAAAAUCUCUGGACCCUUAUGUGUAUGUACGAGGAAGGGGAAGGGGAAAAUAUAUUUGUAAUGAAUGUGGAAUACGCUGUAAGAAGCCCAGCAUGUUGAAGAAGCACAUAAGAUCCCACACAAACCUGCGUCCCUAUGUCUGCUGGCACUGCCACUUUUCAUUCAAAACCAAAGGAAACUUGACCAAGCACAUGAAAUCCAAGUCUCACCAUAAGAAAUGCCUGGAGCUGGGAAUUGUGCCUGUUCCGACCCAAGUGGAUGAGUCACAGAUUGACCAACAGAUGCUGAAGGCUCAAUGUGACCUGUCCAAAAAAGCUCGGAUCGUGCUCAAGGACGGAGCUUCCGUCUCCGUGGAUCUGGAUGAUAUCAACUCUGAAAGUGAUGAAGAUGAGGAGGAAGAUGAGGAGGAUAAUCAGGACCAGGAAAGCAUGGAUACCCAAGAUAUUCACCAGGAAACACCAGAUGUUGUCAUAGAGAUAAAUGUUAACUCAGAGGAAAUGGCUGAAGCUCAAGAGGAGACAACCCAUGUACAGGACAGUCCCAAAUCCAGACUAGAAGGAAUCGAGAGAGGACUACUGGGAUCUAACCCCUUGAUUUGUUCAAUGAUACAGCCCCACCCCCAGGUCUCUCAUGGACCUCACCCAUUGGGUCAUCCCGAGGGAGAUAUUGCCCACCAGAGGGAGUUGCAGAUGGUACAGGAGUUGUCUGGCAGCAGUCAGCGUAUCAUCCACGUGGAUGAGGAGAACAGCAGUCAACAUGCAAGUUUGGGGACUAUUUACGGAUUUCCUACUGAGACAACAACUGUAGAAGACCACAUGUCAACUAACAUGGUGGAGAUCACUGAAGUCUACAUAUCAGAAGGAGAUCCAAAGCUAGGCUUUUUGUUUGAAGAACUUCGAAAACACAAAACAGAUUUGCAGACAAGAAACACAAGUUCUCCACCUUUAGAUGAACAGUCCAAGAAGGAUGUAAACCAACCCCUUCCACUAGCUUCAAAUAUUGAUGAAGCUAGAGAAGCAGACAAAAGUGGGAUGAAAAGUUAUUCAGAUUCUAAGGAAACCAUUUCAGUUUCUGUGGACAAGAACCCAGACACUGGGAGAAAAGACACAGAGGUCCCUGUAGGGAAGUCUGCAUCACCCUCUGCCGCUGAUGUUAUUGCUACUUCUCAUGUGUCAGUUAUAGGUUCUAUUUCAUCACCAUCAAAGGGAUCCACUCAAGAAGUGAAAAAGGCCAAGGUUGAGCCACCCAGACAACUAGAGUUCUCCAUACCAUUGGGUGGUUUCAUGCCUCCCCAUGCCCUCUUCAAGCAGCCCAAGCAAUCCAACUUGGGGCCAAUCAUUGGUCAGCUCAUCCGACAGCGACCAGUUAACUUACAGUUCAGUAGCCCCGUGAAGACCCCUACAAGUCAGGCCACGCCUGUAUGUGCCCCAUUUCAAUUCCAUCAUCCAUUCAUAGAAAAGCAGGACUCCCAGGACAUUAAUGCUCUGCCUAGUUCCAACAGCAGUGAAGGAGUAGAAGAAAGCAAGACUCAAAACAAAUGCUUGUCUGAGGAGAAGCUAAAAGACACGAGUGUUGAUGGUCAGGAGGAGGAAGACUAUCAGAAUUACAUUAUUAUUGAAAGCUCGGAGGGACAGACUGUGAAUGCACUGUCCCCAGAGGAUGUUAGAGGUGAACAGGUGCUGUAUCAGUGCCAGUUCUGUGAGGAUCUGAUAGAACCGGAGCAUAUUCUGAAUCAUCUCAAGACGCACAAAAUUGAACACCUCUUACCCUGUGAAACCUGUGGGGUCGUUUUCCCUUCUAAGGAGAAAUUUAAGAACCACACUCAUGAGAAAUCAGCGACUGUGAAAAGUAAACCAGAAAUGUGUGAUAUGUGUCAGCAGACUUUUUCUUCUUGUGACGAAUUGUCACAACACUUCAAAACAAAGACACACAUAGACAAGCUGGAAGAGCUUGGUGUGGUUCCUAGAGGCACCUUCUGUAAUAUUGAAAGGACCAUGGAAUCUCUCUCCACUUCUGAUCAUGAAGAGUUUGUGGAACUUCUCAAAAGUAAGAUUGCCAGUCAUGUAGAGAGUACUGAACAUUCCCACAGUCCUACACAGUUUCAAGGUCAGCCUCAGUUUGAGAAAAACCCAUCAGCCUCUAGUGACAAAGUGACAGUUGAGGUUAAGCAGGAGAGCAGUGACUUCUGCCAAGUGACCGGUUCUAGUUCCGAGUACUCACCAGAGAGAGGCGUGUCCCCCAAUAUGCCACACCUAUGUGAAAUUUGCAGGAGGGGAUUCAUCAACUUGGAGCACCUCAAGGCCCACCUUGUUAGUCAUGCCGAGAUCCGCCCCUAUGUGUGUGAGUACUGUGAUGCUGGCUUUACAAACAGUCAGUCACUAAAGACACACCUGCUCUCACAUGCACAGGAGAGGCCAUAUGUGUGUGGAUACUGUGGUGAGACUUUCCCCAUUUCCUCUGACCUGAAAAAACAUGCCGAAAAUCUCCAUAAGAUCUCUUCUACCAUGACGUCAAAAGGCGAUGUAGAAAACAAUGAUGUCAGAAAAAGUCCCCUGGUUCAUAGCAGCGCAGCUUCGGAUUCACCUUACUCUGAUCAAACUGGGCCAUCUCUGAAAGCUAAGGGAGCUGACUCCAAUCCAGAAUAGGAAUUUAUAAGAGAUGUGAUUUUUGUUGUUUAAUUUUUUUUUAUUGAUAAACAAAAUGAGAUUUAAAUUUUGUUUAUUUAAUAUUAAUAAACAAUGUACCUAAUCUUUUUAAACUAAAAUGGCAGUAAUUUGGCAUGCUAGAAAGUUGUGAAGCAAUAAGAACUGUUCUACAGCCAAGAAAAACACCAUUACAUAAAAUGUACAUUAUUCAAACUGAGGAAAAUGUUGUGAAAUAUUUCAGUGCCAUACUUUUUAUCCGGUUUUACUCUCAUUAUUAAAGCUCAGUUUUCUCUGUUAUGAAUAAUUUUUGUUUAUUUGAGAGUACACAAACUAUAUGACAACUCACAGCUGUCACAAAUUUAUUUACUGAAAUCCAUCUGUGUGUCUUUUUGUAUUGCAGGAUUUACUUGAAACGUUUCAGAAAUUUUGUAAACAUGACAAAUUUUGGCUUUAUAUACAUUAGCAGUUCACUUUAAAACAUCAAUAAUUAAUAUGUAAUGUAAAAUAUGCAUUCAUGAAUACAUAUUUAAAUCAUAUGCAUUGCCCUGUAACCCACCUGCGAUCUAUCCAUUGAGUAAUAUAAGGCUAUCAAUCCAAUGUUGUGUUUCAGUUAAAUUAUUUUAUGAAGAAUUGUUUUGUUAUUUAAAACAAUUAAACUAUUAUGAUGUUGAA